GUGACUUGGGCCAAAUGGCGGUUAGCUUCAGGGGUGUUGUGUGAUCCGAAAAUUUCGCCUAGAAUGAAAGGUAAGUUCUAUCGAUCCGUUGUCAGACCUGCUAUGUUAUAUGGGGCAGAGUGUUGGGCAGUUAAGAAGAAUCAUGUGCGUCGUCUGCAUGCGGCGGAGAUGCGGAUGUUACGAUGGAUGUGUGGGAAGACAAGGUUGGAUAGGAUUUCGAACGAAGUUAUCCGACGUCAGGUAGGCAUGGCACCGGUGGAAGAUAAGUUGCGGGAAGCGAGGUUGAGAUGGUUUGGUCAUGUGAGACGGCGGGAUGCUGACGCCCCUAUACGGAGAUGCGAGAGGAUUACAGUUAUCGGGGGAAGUAGGGGAAGGGGUAGACCUAGGAAGAAUUGGAAGGAGGUGAUUAGGCAGGAUUUAGGACUUCUCGACCUGACUGAAGAUAUGGCCCUAGAUAGGAAUCUUUGGAAAACUAGGAUUGGAGUAGCUGGAUAGGAGCUCGGUGUUGUAGAGGUCUGCAGCCCCUUUUGGACUAAAGUAUUAACUUGGAAAUCGUAAAAAUUUAAAACUUUUCAAACACUUUUAUUUAUCACAAUAAUAUUUUUCAUAACAUAUACAGUACGGAGUAUUCAACAAUAUUGCGGAAGCGAAUUAAAAAUUGACAUAUCAUAAUUCAUUUCAAAACUUGUCACAUCCAUCCCGACAAUCUCGCCCCAUCUGCCACCAGGAUCACAUUGUUCUUUCUGUUUACCUGCGUGUAGCAAAUAAAACAUACUACACGCU